AUGACAGAGCUGAACAGCUGCCCCUUGGAUGAGUUGCUCCAGUUGGGUCUCAAUGCGAACGCAGCGCAGAGGAUCAUUGACCAUCGACCCUUCGGUCAUAUGGAUGAGGUGAUGGAUGUUCUGGCGGAUGUGGAUGCGAAGGACUUGCUGGCUGCCGCCUGCGUGCAGCCGUGCUGGGUGGUGCUCAACGACGAAAGAACGCUGCAGUGCUAUGAAAAUGUCAAGCUGCACUUGCCGGGCGGUGCGGACAAUGUUCAGCACGCCUGGUUUGGUGUUCCAUCUGAAGAGGGGAAGGGCGCAGACUGCACGGAAGCCGUCCAAAAGCUGCGGCGAGAGAACCGGGCUGUGAUCGUCUCCCCAGUCGCUCUAGGCUGCGAUCCGGCUCCAUGUGUCUUCAAGCAGUUCCGAGUUCAGUUGCGGGAUCCAAGUGGUUUUCGCGCAGAGGAGCCACGUCAGCUCAGACAGUGGAAAACAUUGGACGAAGUACCAUCUGCGCCUGAGGGCAAGUGGGUUGCUUUCAUUCGACAUGCUCAGGCAGGUCACAAUGUGGACCAUGCCUUAACGCAGACGCGCGACACCCAUUUGACAGAAGAAGGCAUUGCGCAAGCGUUGAGGGCACACGAAGGCUUGCCCGGUGACACCAUGUCCAAGGCCCAGGUGAUUUUCACCAGCCCCUUGACGCGGGCCAUGCAGACUUCGGGCUUGAUCAGAGGCCCCUGCUGUGUCCCGGUGCACCUUGAGCCGCUGAUCACGGAACGCUGGAGCGCUCCCUGCGACGAGGGUACCCGGGCGUCAGCGCUGAGGCGCGACGUUGACGCGCCGCCGCCGGGGCUGGAGCAGAAGAGCUCCUGGGAAGGCUGGGACUCGCUAGAAGAGCAAUGGUGGCCUCUGUGUGGGGAAGAUCAGUGGGCUCGCGCCGAUGAGUUCUUGGCCAAAGCCCGCGCCAUGCCGUUCGAUCGACUCGUAUUUGUCGGCCACGGAGGGUUUUGGGAAACGGUUACUGGCACAUACCUGAAGAAUUGUGAGGUCUUGUUCUGUGACCGUUCGCUUUGUUGA